AUGGGAGGAAAAACUAGUACACUUAGAGAGAGAGAGAACCACAGGCUUCGUCAACAAAGAGACAAACUGACAAGGCUAGUCAAGCAAUUGAACGACAGGCUGAACCAUGUAGAGGCGAUACUCGUCCAAAGAACUAGGACGAAUACAGAACCGUCCAAGGCGCAUUCAGGAGAAAAGACCGAGGAAACCGAAAAAAAACAGCCAGAUCAACUCAAGCGAACCAAAAAACGGACGCAGAAAGACAACACCCCUGAACAAGGGAAAAAAGAAAGCAACAAGAGCGAAAAUAAGACUACCGAAAAAAUCCCUGAAGAAGGGAAUGAAAAAAAGAAGAGCAAAAAAGAAGAGCAAAAGAGAGAGCUCCCAAGAGACAAGCCGAGCAAACCGAGUCCGACUCGGAAGACGGAAGAAGACGGAUUUAAAAAAGUUGAGCCUAAACGCAACCGCCGCACCAGACGACGCCUGGAGAAGAAAAAAACUCAGGUAGAGAAAAACAAAACAGAGAACGAGGCACAAUCAGACAUGGACACAAUGACAGAGGAAGCGGCAGCCAUUAAAGAAAUGGUACCAACCCCCGAAAACGAAAAUAGAAUCCAAGACCAAGCGGUAGUAUGGCCAACCGUAGGAACGACAGUGAGGCAAACCACUGAAGAAGUGGCACCAACCUCUAAACCAAAAGAAGUGGUAUCAACCACAGAGCCAGGAAAACCAGCUCAAAUAGUCAUGCAUGACUCAGAGGUGGAACGAAGUGUCAAAGGAGCUGGAAAAGAGGCGAAUCCAGUAUAA